AUGGGGCUUAUGUCGAAGAUAGAAGACCUCAUAGACAAGGGUACCAUGUUACAUGAAAGGUUCAGGGUAAAAGAGCGGAUUGGACAAGGCGGAUUUGGGCAGGCAAGUUUUUUGUAUCAAACUGGAAGUUAUUUUAAAAUUUUCGAUAUAUUGUUGUAGAAGUAUCUAAAUCAAUAAAUAUUAAGGGUUUUAGAGGUAUGUCCAAAAAUUGUUGACUUUUUCUAUAAAUUUAAAACUUUUUAACUUAAAGAUAUAUACACAAUUAGGUAUACCGCGGGUUAGAUCUACAGAAGAACGGAGAGCCAGUAGCCAUAAAAACAGAAAUGCGAAUGACAAGAUCAGCUAGCCACGACCCUCGGCGGCUGAUCAUCGAGAAGGAUGUGCUAGUCCGGUUGAGAGGAAAACGCCACAUCCCCGUCGUAUAUGCCUCGGGAAAGUGUGACAAUGGCUGUCCGUAUGUUGUGAUGCAGUUCCUUAGUGACAAUCUGGAUUCCUUGAGGUCGAAAAGAGAAAACAGAAGAUUCAGUUUGAGUACUACAGUCAGAGCUACACAACAGGUAGCUUGUUUAACCAUAUAAUUACUUCUUCUGUAAAUUACUGUUAAUAAAGGGUUACUGUAAGGAAAAAGUUUGCAAAUUCAGGUACUAAUGGGACUAGAAUAUCUUCAUCGUGAAGGCUUCAUUCAUCGAGAUCUGAAGCCGGGAAACACUUGUAUUGGGAAACUGGACCCUCGUACUGUCUAUAUCAUCGACUUUGGUAUGUUGUGAUUACAGAAAGUAUCCUUUCCAAAGUAAAAGUUAACUUGCAUGUUGACAUUUGUAGGUAUGUGUCGUCGCUUCUACUAUCCAGACAAAGGGAAAUGGCGCAAACCGAGGUCAAGAUGCCAUUUCAGAGGAACCUAUCGCUACGCUUCUCUCAGAACUCAUCAGAAGGUGGAGACUGGACCGUCGGACGAUCUAGAAUGUUGGGUCUACUCCUUUGUAGAGAUAGGCAUCAAAAGUCUACCAUGGUGUAAUACAAGCGACUACGACUCCAUUACUGUAUGCCUAACUUGCUUCUAUGCCAUUAUAUACUAAAGAUUACUUUCAGUUCAUGAAGAAAGACACUUCCAUAAGCGAGUUAUGUGGCCAAGCUCCUAAAAGUGUGAGAAGAUUUGCAAGGAUGGUAUUCGAAACGCCCUUCAAUCAGUUCCCCGACUACGUAGCGCUACACCAUGCGCUACGCAAGUCGUUACCUUCUGAUCACGAGUAUGUCAGGAAAUACGACUGGGAAAUGGAUGGAAAGUAAGUACAUACUAUCUUAUGAAAGUUUUUGAUAACUUUUUAAUUUAAUUCUGUUUCUUUUCAGCGAUGGCGACGCCGUAUCUGACAAGAGCUACAAGUGA